GUAGUUUUUAAUCUCAAAUUACAAGUAUGUUUACAUUAAACAUAACCCUAUCUUAUGUUUCCAAAAUUCUGAUGCGCGAAAUCAUUUACCCAGUAUGUGGUAGUUAUAAAUGGCGAAGGGAUGUUCAACUUAAAAUCGCCGUUAGUCGUAACGCUCUUGUAUGCUGCGAUGCUAACUGGCCGUGAUGCUGGUCCUACAAGAGACUGUGACAGUGGUACGGAUUGUUACCGCUAUACCAUGUGUGGGCUGUUCUGUGACGCCUCCAUGUUUGAUCAGUGUAAUUGUAUGGGGAAGGACGGGAAUGAGACCUUAGUCUGCAGCAGAAAUCGAGUCGGAUUGUAUUUAGAUACAGAUAUUACCUGGAUGAAAUUCAACAGCAGCUGUGUUGUACAGUACAACAUAAGUUACGGACAAAAUACCUUUUGCGACGGGAGUCAUUCGUUUUGGGCUGCGAGACAAAUGACACUUUAUUUUCCUGGUGCCACGGCUCAGGUCGAUCCAAAUGUAACGAUCAACAUCGGAUGUUCCGGCAUGGACACAAGCCGAGUGAGUGUUUCUAGAACCAUACAGCCAAAAGACAACCGGAAUUAUAGUAUACUAAUUCACGACUGGGUCAAUGCUACCAUUCAACUUGACCAUGACUGUGGACUUGACGACAAUCAGGUCUGUAGUGAUGGUGGACAAGUCGUCUGCGAGCGAGGUUACUAUGGUGACCAUUGUGACCGAUAUUGUAACAGUUCCCUGUUCAGCAAUUGUGUCUGUGAUAACCAUGGCGAUCUCCAGUGCACCAAAGAUCCUGUAGGAGUAUAUUUUGAACUUCAGAUCCAGUCCAUACACAACCCUCAUCCAGAUCAGAUCGAGACCAUGUCUCUAUUUAUCCGGCAAAGUUACGAUGGCUAUGCGUUUCUGAGGAAAAACUAUUCUAAUCUUAUUCUUCAUGUGACGCCGGAUAUGGAGGCGAUGGGAUUUUUCAACAAUACGAUGACUUUCUACUGUCCGGAUUUUAACAAUUUUGUUAACUGUACAAUCAAUAUAAAAAUGCUAUUUAAUAAGGCAUUCACAACGGGAGAAACAUUUCGUAUCAGUAUUGUCGAUCCAAGUAAAGACGCAAAAUUCACGGAUUUAACCCUGCCUCUGCACAAACCAGAAGACUCUAUAUACUUUAACAUCAGAUAUCGUGUGUUCUACGAUUGUGAUCCAGUAAUUUCUAACCAAAACUGUGAUGUCACUGGAAGACUCGUGUGCAGAGAAAACUAUUUUGGCAGAAACUGUGACAUUUUUUGUAACGGUAGCAUGACGCAUGGAAAUUGUAGUGAAAAUGGAUUGGUGAAAUGUUUUGAAAACUAUUUUGGGCCAACAUGUGAUCAGUUUUGUAAUAUAAACAUGAAGCAUGGAAAUUGUAGUAAAAAUGGAUCCGUCCAAUGCUUUACAAACUAUUUUGGGUCAAAUUGUGAUCAGUUUUGUAACAUAAGCAUGAGGCAUGGAAAUUGUAGUAAAAAUGGGUCUGUCCAAUGCUUUACAAACUAUUUUGGGUCAAAUUGUGAUCAUUUUUGUAACAUAAGCAUGAAGCAUGGAAAUUGUAGUGAAAAUGGGUUAGUUAAAUGUUUUACAAACUACUUUGGGUCAAAUUGUGAUCAUUUUUGUAACAUAAGCAUGAGGCAUGGAAAUUGUAGUGAAAAUGGGUCCGUCCAAUGUUUUACAAACUAUUUUGGGCCAAAUUGUGAUCAGUUUUGUAACAUAAGCAUGAAGCAUAGAAAUUGUAGUGAAAAUGGAUCCGUCCAAUGUUUUACAAACUAUUUUGGGCUAAAUUGUGAUCAUUUUUGUAACAUAAGCAUGAGGCAUGGAAAUUGUAGUGAAAAUGGGUCUGUCCAAUGUUUUACAAACUAUUUUGGGCCAAAUUGUGAUCAGUUUUGUAACAUAAGCAUGAAAAAUGGAAAUUGUAUUGAAAAUGGAUCCGUCCAAUGUUUUACAAACUAUUUUGGGUCAAAUUGUGAUAAGUUUUGUAACAUAAGCAUGAAGCAGGGAAAUUGUAGUGAAAAUGGGUCGGUUAAAUGUUUUACAAACUAUUUUGGGUCAAAUUGUGAUCAGUUUUGUAACAUAAGCAUGAAGCAUGGAAAUUGUAGUGAAAAUGGGUCCGUCCAAUGUUUUACAAACUAUUUUGGGUCAAAUUGUGAUCAGUUUUGUAACAUAAGCAUGAGGCAUGGAAAUUGUAGUGAAAAUGGAUCUGUCCAAUGUUUUACAAACUAUUUUGGGCCAAAUUGUGAUCAGUUUUGUAACAUAAGCAUGGGGCAUGAAAAUUGUAGUGAAAAUGGAUCCGUCCAAUGUUUUACAAACUAUUUUGGGUCAGAUUGUGAUCAGUUUUGUAACAUAAGCAUGAAAAAUGGAAAUUGUAGUAAAAAUGGAUCCGUCCAAUGCUUUACAAACUAUUUUGGGUCAAAUUGUGAUCAGUUUUGUAACAUAAGCAUGAGGCAUGGAAAUUGUAGUGAAAAUGGAUCCGUCCAAUGUUUUACAAACUACUUUGGGUCAAAUUGUGAUCAGUUUUGUAACAUAAGCAUGAGGCAUGGAAAUUGUAGUGAAAAUGGGUCCGUCCAAUGUUUUACAAACUAUUUUGGGUCAGAUUGUGAUCAGUUUUGUAACAUAAGCAUGAAGCAUGGAAAUUGUAGUAAAAAUGGAUCCGUCCAAUGCUUUACAAACUAUUUUGGGUCAAAUUGUGAUCAGUUUUGUAACAUAAGCAUGAGGCAUGGAAAUUGUAGUGAAAAUGGAUCCGUCCAAUGUUUUACAAACUACUUUGGGUCAAAUUGUGAUCAGUUUUGUAACAUAAGCAUGAGGCAUGGAAAUUGUAGUGAAAAUGGGUCGGUUAAAUGUUUUACAAACUACUUUGGGUCAAAUUGUGAUCAGUUUUGUAACAUAAGCAUGAAAAAUGGAAAUUGUAGUGAAAAUGGAUCCAUCCAAUGUUUUACAAACUACUUUGGGUCAAAUUGUGAUCAGUUUUGUAACAUAAGCAUGAGGCAUGGAAAUUGUAGUGAAAAUGGAUCCAUCCAAUGUUUUACAAACUACUUUGGGUCAAAUUGUGAUCAGUUUUGUAACAUAAGCAUGAGGCAUGGGAAUUGUAGUGAAAAUGGGUCCAUCCAAUGUUUUACAAACUAUUUUGGGUCAAAUUGUGAUCAGUUUUGUAACAUAAGCAUGAAGCAUGGAAAUUGUAGUGAAAAUGGGUUAGUUAAAUGUUUUACAAACUACUUUGGGUCAAAUUGUGAUCAGUUUUGUAACAUAAGCAUGAGGCAUGGAAAUUGUAGUGAAAAUGGGUCUGUCCAAUGUUUUACAAACUAUUUUGGGUCAAAUUGUGAUCAAUUUUGUAACAUGAGCAUGGAGCAUGGAAAUUGUAGUGAAAAUGGGUUAGUUAAAUGUUUUACAAACUACUUUGGGUCAAAUUGUGAUCAUUUUUGUAACAUAAGCAUGAGGCAUGGAAAUUGUAGUGAAAAUGGAUCCGUCCAAUGUUUUACAAACUACUUUGGGUCAAAUUGUGAUCAGUUUUGUAACAUAAGCAUGAGGCAUGGAAAUUGUAGUGAAAAUGGGUUAGUUAAAUGUUUUACAAACUACUUUGGGUCAAAUUGUGAUCAGUUUUGUAACAUAAGCAUGAAGCAUGGAAAUUGUAGUGAAAAUGGGUUAGUUAAAUGUUUUACAAACUACUUUGGGUCAAAUUGUGAUCAGUUUUGUAACAUAAGCAUGAGGCAUGGAAAUUGUAGUGAAAAUGGGUCUGUCCAAUGUUUUACAAACUAUUUUGGGUCAAAUUGUGAUCAAUUUUGUAACAUGAGCAUGGAGCAUGGAAAUUGUAGUGAAAAUGGGUUAGUUAAAUGUUUUACAAACUACUUUGGGUCAAAUUGUGAUCAUUUUUGUAACAUAAGCAUGAGGCAUGGAAAUUGUAGUGAAAAUGGAUCCGUCCAAUGUUUUACAAACUACUUUGGGUCAAAUUGUGAUCAGUUUUGUAACAUAAGCACGAGGCAUGGAAAUUGUGAAAAUGGGUCCGUCCAAUGUUUUACAAACUAUUUUUGGUUAGAUUGUGAUCAUUUUUGUAACAUAAGCAUGAAAAAUGGAAAUUGUAGUAAAAAUGGAUCCGUCCAAUGCUUUACAAACUAUUUUGGGUCAAAUUGUGAUCAGUUUUGUAACAUAAGCAUGAGGCAUGGAAAUUGUAGUGAAAAUGGAUCCAUCCAAUGUUUUACAAACUACUUUGGGUCAAAUUGUGAUCAGUUUUGUAACAUAAGCAUGAGGCAUGGAAAUUGUAGUGAAAAUGGGUCCGUUCAAUGUUUUACAAACUAUUUUGGGUCAAAUUGUGAUCAGUUUUGUAACAUAAGCAUGAAGCAUGGAAAUUGUAGUGAAAAUGGGUCGGUUAAAUGUUUUACAAACUACUUUGGGUCAAAUUGUGAUCAGUUUUGUAACAUAAGCAUGAGGCAUGGAAAUUGUAGUGAAAAUGGGUCCAUCCAAUGUUUUACAAACUAUUUUGGGUCAAAUUGUGAUCAAUUUUGUAACAUGAGCAUGGAGCAUGGAAAUUGUAGUGAAAAUGGGUUAGUUAAAUGUUUUACAAACUACUUUGGGUCAAAUUGUGAUCAUUUUUGUAACAUAAGCAUGAAGCAUGGAAAUUGUAGUGAAAAUGGGUCUGUACAAUGUUAUACAAAUUAUUUUGGGUCAAUUUGUGAUCAAUUUUGUAACAUGAGCAUGGAGCAUGGAAAUUGUAGUGAAAAUGGGUUAGUUAAAUGUUUUACAAACUACUUUGGGCCAAAUUGUGAUCAAUUUUGUAACAUAAGCAUGAAGCAUGGAAAUUGUAGUGAAAAUGGAUCUGUCCAAUGUUUUACAAACUAUUUUGGGUCAAAUUGUGAUCAAUUUUGUAACAUAAGCAUGAGGCAUGGAAAUUGUAGUGAAAAUGGGUCUGUCCAAUGUUAUACAAACUAUUUUGGGCCAAAUUGUGAUCAGUUUUGUAACAUAAGCAUGAAAAAUGGAAAUUGUAUUGAAAAUGGAUCCGUCCAAUGCUUUACAAACUAUUUUCAGUCAAAUUGUGAUCAGUUUUGUAACAUAAGCAUGAAGCAGGUAAAUUGUAGUGAAAAUGGGUCCAUCAAAUGUUUUACAAACUACUUUGAGUCAAAUUGUGAUCUGUUUUGUAACAUAAGCAUGAAGCAUGGAAAUUAUAGUGAAAAUGGGCAAUCUGUUUGUAUUGAAAAAUGUUUGAGAAAAAUGUUUGAUUCAUAUUGCAUUUUCAGCAUUGUUGAUGGAAAUUGUAGUGAAAAUGAAUUUGUCAUGUUGAUUUCAAUCCAUGUUGGAAAGGAUUAUUUUAGAUUUUGUGAUGUUAACAUCAUUCAUGGAUAUUACAGAUCAAGAGAUCUACAUUUACGUUGUCCAAAGCACUUCAAAAAAUAUCCUGAAAGAUGUUGCAAUUUUUCCAUAGGUCAUAGACAUUUUACCAGAACAUUUGAAAGAAUGCAGGUGUGGAAGAAUGGAUGCGUCAGUAACAAUUAUUACAAAUGUUGUAAUUCUUGCGUAAAACAUAAAAAUUCUAAUCUGGACGAAACACUUCCUAGUUUGCAAAAGAAAUCUAGAGAACAUCUUGAGAGACACUGUAACACUGGCAUGAUGAACGGAAACUAUACUUGUGUGUGUAUAGGAAAGCGGACGUCUUCAGUGGAAAAUGUUAGGAUUAAUUUUGAGGGAUUUUGCAACUUCCGAAUGGUUCAUGCAAAUUCUAGUGGACAAGAAAUGUACCUUUGUUAUUUCGGAGAACUCUGUGACAAGUCUGGUUAUGAUGGAAUGGCAAUUGGAAACUGUAGUCUUGGUGAAGUUCUCACCAGUCACGAAAACAAAUUACCUAACAGUAAAACAAAACAGGAGUCUCCAUCAGAACAUCGGCCGUUAUUGGCAGCUGUUCUUGGUGCCCUGGGAGGAGGAGUUUUCUGUGCUUUAGUGACUGUUAUUGUGAUAGUACAAUGCAGAAAAGUUCGAAAGAAGAGGUCCGUCGUUGAGCCAACAAAUCAUUCGACAUUGUGAGGGAUAUAAAUGUACCGAUAUAGAUAAGCAACAUUCGACAUUGUGAGGGAUAUAAAUGUACCGAUAUAGAUAAGCAACAUUUAACAUUGCGAGGGAUAUAAAUGUACCGAUAGAUAAGCAACAUUUAACAUUGUGAGGGAUAUAAAUGUACCGAUAUAGAUAAGCAACAUUCGACAUUGUGAGGGAUAUAAAUGUACCGAUAUAGAUAAGCAACAUUUAACAUUGUGAGGGAUAUAAAUGUACCGAUAGAUAAGCAACAUUUAACAUUGUGAGGGAUAUAAAUGUACCGAUAUAGAUAAGCAACAUUCGACAUUGUGAGGGAUAUAAAUGUACCGAUAUAGAUAAGCAACAUUUAACAUUGUGAGGGAUAUAAAUGUACCGAUAGAUAAGCAACAUUCGACAUUGUGAGGGAUAUAAAUGUACCGAUAUAGAUAAGCAACAUUCGACAUUGUGAGGGAUAUAAAUGUACCGAUAUAGAUAAGCAACAUUUAACAUUGUGAGGGAUAUAAAUGUACCGAUAUAGAUAAGCAACAUUCGACAUUGUGAGGGAUAUAAAUGUACCGAUAUAGAUAAGCAACAUUUAACAUUGUGAGGGAUAUAAAUGUACCGAUAUAGAUAAGCAACAUUUAACAUUGUGAGGGAUAUAAAUGUACCGAUAGAUAAGCAACAUUCGACAUUGUGAGGGAUAUAAAUGUACCGAUAUAGAUAAGCAACAUUUAACAUUGUGAGGGAUAUAAAUGUACCGAUAUAGAUAAGCAACAUUCGACAUUGUGAGGGAUAUAAAUGUACCGAUAGAUAAGCAACAUUUAACAUUGUGAGGGAUAUAAAUGUACCGAUAUAGAUAAGCAACAUUCGACAUUGUGAGGGAUAUAAAUGUACCGAUAUAGAUAAGCAACAUUUAACAUUGUGAGGGAUAUAAAUACCGAUAGAUAAGCAACAGUCGACAUUGUGAGGGAUAUAAAUGUACCGAUAGGUAAGCAACAUUCGACAUUGUGAGGGAUAUAAAUGUACCGAUAUAGAUAAGCAACAUUUAACAUUGUGAGGGAUAUAAAUGUACCGAUAUAGAUAAGCAACAUUUAACAUUGUGAGGGAUAUAAAUGUACCGAUAUAGAUAAGCAACAUUUAACAUUGUGAGGGAUAUAAAUGUACCGAUAGAUAAGCAACAUUUAACAUUGUGAGAGAUAUAAAUGUACCGAUAGAUAAGCAACAUUUAACAUUGUGAGGGAUAUAAAUGUACCGAUAUAGAUAAGCAACAGUCGACAUUGUGAGGGAUAUAAAUGUACCGAUAGAUAAGCAACAUUUAACAUUGUGAGGGAUAUAAAUGUACCGAUAUAGAUAAGCAACAUUUAACAUUGUGAGGGAUAUAAAUGUACCGAUAGAUAAGCAACAUUUAACAUUGUGAGAGAUAUAAAUGUACCGAUAGAUAAGCAACAUUUAACAUUGUGAGGGAUAUAAAUGUACCGAUAUAGAUAAGCAACAGUCGACAUUGUGAGGGAUAUAAAUGUACCGAUAGAUAAGCAACAUUUAACAUUGUGAGGGAUAUAAAUGUACCGAUAUAGAUAAGCAACAGUCGACAUUGUGAGGGAUAUAAAUGUACCGAUAUAGAUAAGCAAUAUUUAACAUUGUGAGGGAUAUAAAUGUACCGAUAGAUAAGCAACAUUUAACAUUGUGAGGGAUAUAAAUACCGAUAGAUAAGCAACAUUUAACAUUGUGAGGGAUAUAAAUGUACCGAUAUAGAUAAGCAACAUUUAACAUUGUGAGGGAUAUAAAUGUACCGAUAGAUAAGCAACAUUUAACAUUGUGAGGGAUAUAAAUGUACCGAUAUAGAUAAGCAACAGUCGACAUUGUGAGGGAUAUAAAUGUACCGAUAGAUAAGCAACAUUUAACAUUGUGAGGGAUAUAAAUGUACCGAUAGAUAAGCAACAGUCGACAUUGUGAGGGAUGUGCAUAUAGCAAUAGAUAAGCAACAUUUGGAGGAAACAAUAUUAGAGAGAUACGUACUAAUAAAUACGGCAACAUUAGAGAAAUUGAACUAGUAGAUGUGGCAACUUUCUAAAAGAGGAAAAUUACCAAAAGCUACCGCAACAUUAUAAAAAAUAUACCAAUAGGACAGCAACAUUAUAGAAAAACAUAAAAAGCUACAGCAACAUUAUACAGAAACAUUCCAAUAGGAUAGCAACAUAAUAGAAAAACAUACCAAAAGCUACAGCAAUAUUACAGAGAAAUAUACCAAAAGCUACAACAAUAUUAUAGAAAAACAUACCAAAAGGACAGCAACAUUACCUAGCAACAUACCAAAAGCUACAGCAACAUUAUAGAAAAAUAUACCAAUAGGACAGCAACAUUAUAGAGAAACAUACCGAUAGAUACUGCAACAUUAUAAUAAAACAUACAAAUAGUUACAGCAACAUUAUAGAAAAAACAUACUAAUAGGAUAGCAACAUUACAGAGCAAGAUACCAAUAGGACAACAACAUUAGAGAAACAUACGAAUAGGACAGCAACACUACAGAGCAACAUACCAAAAGCUACAGCAACAUUAUAGAAAAAUAUACCAAUAGGACAGCAACAUUAUAGAAAAACAUACUAAUAGGACAGCAACAUUAUAGAGAAACAUACCAAAAGCUACAGCAAUAUUAUAGAGAAACAUACCAAAAGCUACAGCAACAUUACAGAGAAACAUACCAAUAACACAGCAACAUUAUAGAGAAACAUACCAAAAGCUACAGCAACAUUAUAGAAAAACAUACCGAUAGCUACUGCAACAUUAUACAGAAACAUACCAAUAGGACAGCAACAUUAUAGAAAAACAUACUAAUAGGACAGCAACAUUACAGAGCAAGAUACCAAUAGGACAACAACAUUAGAGAAAGCAGCAACAUUAAAGUGAAACAUACAUUAGAGAAAGCAGCAAGAUUAGAGGGAAAUAAUACAACAUAGAUCACAACUUUAGGAGGAAACAAACCAGUUGGUUGACAAUCGGGGAGAAGAUGCUAAUAAAGCUACAAUAGAUACAGCAACAUUAGGAACAUAUCGGAGGGAACCCCAGCGCCACCUGCCUGGUCUUUAGGAUCGAUGCAAGAUGCACAAGACUUUAUUAAACCGAGUGCUGAUAUGAGUAGAUUUAACAGAUUAUGAUUAUACUUUCUGCAUCAUGUUUUGUUAUUCAAUUUCAUUGGCUCUUGUCCACUGAAAACUCUGAAACCUUAAGAUCUCUUACUAGAUUCUGCGAAAACUUCCCCUAAUCAUAGGAAAUUUACAUGUACAUACUUAUUUCAAUGUCUUGUAUCCCCCUUACGUAAUUUUUCUUAUUAUGUCAUUUGAACUAUAUAUACAUAUACACGUAUGUGUGUAGCUAGCUAGAUAAAUAGAUUGAUAGAUCGAUGGAUAUUAUAUAAAUAGGCUGUAUUUUUUACCACACAUAUUAUGCAUAUUUAAUGGACGAGUUUCAUUUUUGAUGAUACAUGAGAGUCUGAACUUCGACGCUUCACGCCGGCGUACUUCACGAAACACGUUAGCGCUUAAUGGAAAGGAUGUUGAUGUGAAGCGCUGCAUGUCAUAUUCUCAUCCAUUUACAAAAACGAAAUUUAUAUUUAUGUUUACAUUCCACUUUCAUUUUUGUCGAAAUUCCCAGCCGUUUGAAUAGACAUAUUGCAUUUAUCAAGAUUCAUACGCGCUCUGUUCACAACCGCAUUCAUGAGGAAAUGGCUGUCAUUAGAAUUGGUACAUGUAAAAAUAUCGAAGACGAAAACAUUGGAAAUGUAAAUAUGUGUAUAUAGAUAUUAUAUCUGCCUAUAUCUAGGGACACGCUAUAUAGAUAUUAUAUCUGCCUAUAUCUAGGAACACACUAUAUAGAUAUUAUAUGUAUAUAUAUCUAGGAUCACACUGUCAUGUUUUGCUCGCCUUGUUUGAACAUGUAUAAUUCGCUUGUUCUGUCAUUCGGAUCAUCCUCUGUUUUUUCUGUUUGUAAACUUCUAUUGCUCCUUCGGGAGUCCUGAUCAGAUAAAUCUUAUAUCUUAU